AGAGGGCACGCACAUACACGCGCCUUGCGUCAUUACGCAUUUCCGGUUCCCCACGAAGUCCCCCCUCUUCUCCUCAUCGUCGCGCCGUGAAGUGGAUGUUUUGGUGAAAAAAUACUGUGUCGAAAAGGGAUGUAAAUACAUUUAAAACAUGAUAUUUCGAACGAGUGGGACAUAAAGCAGCGUAGCAGGGGAAAGAGGGGCGUCUUCAGCGAAAGUUUCGGUUUAUCUUUACAUCGUAUUCCUCCGCAUGUCCGCUUUCUUCGUAGAUGGUCUCCGGCGAGCGUUGUCUGGCGGUGGACGACGAGUUGUCGACGAAUAAUAUGAAGGAGAUGAUCGGCGGUUGCUGUGUUUGCUCAGACGAGAGAGGCUGGGCGGAAAACCCGCUGGUGUACUGCGACGGACACGGCUGCAACGUCGCCGUGCAUCAAGCCUGUUAUGGCAUCGUGCAGGUGCCCACUGGUCCUUGGUUCUGCAGAAAGUGUGAAUCUCAAGAGAGAGCAGCCCGUGUGAGAUGUGAGCUGUGUCCCCAUAAAGACGGAGCCCUCAAAAGGACAGACAACGGAGGCUGGGCCCAUGUAGUUUGUGCCCUUUACAUACCUGAAGUGGAAUUUGCCAAUGUGUCAACUAUGGAGCCUAUAGUACUCCAGUCUGUGCCACAUGAGCGCUACAACAAGACAUGUUAUAUCUGUGAGGACCAGGGCAGAGAGAGUAAAGCAGCAACUGGAGCCUGUAUGACCUGCAACAAACAUGGCUGCAGGCAGGCCUUCCAUGUCACAUGUGCCCAGUUUGCAGGGUUAUUAUGUGAGGAACAAGGAUCGGACGCAGACAAUGUCAAGUACUGUGGAUAUUGCAAAUACCACCACAGCAAAUUGCGAAGGAGCAGGGGCCGUGGUAAUAGGUCUCAAAGCUUAAGUGACUCUUCAUCUCAGUGUAUGAAUAGACCCCCAGACAAGGACAUGAAGAAACAUAAGGAGCGGGACAGGCACAAACCGAAACACAAGAAGAUCUCCAUGGAUAUGUCGCCCUCCCUUGUCCUUCCUAACAUCAUGGUCCCAGAUAAGACCUACAACAGCAGCAGCGCAGGGGUAGGAGUCCCCUCUCUGCCGGCAUCCUCACAGAAGCGACUGGACGACGGCACUGCCCGUUUCACCACCGCCAACUUUCAAGAAGUGUCGUCCGCUCUCUCGGGUGGAAGUUCCAAAGAUGGCUUGACCGCAGACGCUGGGAAGGCAGCGUCUGAGGUGAAGAACAAGAAAAAUAGCGGCGCAAGUCAUGCGGUGGGACAGAGGGGGGGGCGCAAGUCUCUCACCUCCUCAGGGAAACCCCUCCCCUCCGCCGUGGUCACCAUGGCAACCUCCUCCACAUCUGCCUCUGCUUCCACUGGGCCUUUCCACCAAGGCCUCCUGUUGACCAGUGCCAGCAAGAUGCCCUCUGCCCCUUCCUCCUCAGACUUCCUAAGUUUCUCAGAUUCCGCGUUGCGUUCGGGGGGUGGGACUACCUUCUCCUCCCCGCCAUCUUUCAGCAGCUGCCUUGUGAAGCCGAGCUCGGAGGGCGGAGCUUCAGAGGGAACUACGACACUCUUCGGCUCUCUGAUGUCCGCUACUACGGCUUCUGCAGUGGGCGGUAAGCUGUAUGAGAAUUCCCACAGUCACACAGCUAGCGAGACAACAAGCCUAGGUGGCUCCGCUGGCUACAAACGGCCCCAACCCUCCAGCUCAGUGCCGGGGAUUGGAGGAGCAACGGCAGGAGGAGGGGAAGAUGGGGUGAAGAAGAAAAAGAAGGGCAACUGGCGAAACAGAUUUGGACCUUGCUUCACCACGGAUGUAAAGCCCUCCGAGCCAGCUCCCUCCCUGACUCUCCCCACCUCCUCCACGGCCAACACCUCCUCCACCGCCUCCCCAGCCUCCUCUUCAUCCUCGACGCUCACAGGCCGGCCGGGCUUAGUAUCCAGCAGUGGCUUAGGAGUGGGGGUGGGAGGAGGAGGAGGAGAGAGGGGGCUGGGGGUCAUGGGUGUCAGCGGUGGGAUUCAGAAGUCCCCGUCACUCCUCAGGAAUGGGAGUCUGCAGAGCAACAGCAGCUCCACAACCACUGGGUCAGGUGUUUUCUCUGGUGCGGAUGGGUCAUCGUCAGGGACAGGAGCUGUCGCCAUCGGCGGAGCCAUCUCUGAGUUGCAACAGCAACCCACCCCUUCACUAGCCCCUCCCUCUCCAUUCACUGCCACCGCACCGCUAACCAGCACCGCCGCCACACAUGUUAGCAGUCUGCCAGGGUCAGUCUUCAACCUCGCUCCCCCCCACAUGUUUGGAAACAGGCUGAAUCCCAACUCGGCCAUGGCAGCACUCAUCGCCCAGUCCGAGGCCUCACCAGCAGAUCAGGAGGUGGGAGACGGCAGCAGCGGUGUCGGAGCUCAGGGCUUUUCCAUAAGAGCUUCUCCCAAGACCACCCCGCGCUCUCCCAUUGGUGGCCUGCAGAUCCGCUAUGACUCCUCGGGGUCGUUGCCGGGGCCGGGGUUGCUAGGGGCGGGGGCGGGUGUCGGGGAGACGCUGCCCCCGGUGGCCACCAGCAUCGAGCAGCUCCUGGAGAGGCAGUGGAACGAAGGGCAGAGCUUCCUGCUGCAGCAGGGAGCGCAGGGAGACGUGCUGGGCAUGUUGAAGUCCCUCCACCAGCUGCAGGAGGAGAACAGGAGGCUGGAGGAGCAGAUCAAAAAUCUGACCAUGAAGAAAGAGAGACUGCAGCUUCUCAGCGCUCAGCUAUCGGUGCCUUUCACCCCCACUACGGCCUGCGCUGAUGUGAAAGGAGGCCAGCUGGGAGCCACUGACUCAUCUUUACCUGUGGCAGCUCAGGACGGUGUGUCAUGUGGUGGCCACAGCAGUAGUGGCUCCACCUCAUCUCUCUCCACCCCUCCCUCCGUCUCCCAGAGCCCGCCCCAGCCGCAGCUGAACGGGGUCGCUGCCGUGGGAACGGCCCCAGCCGGGCUGGGCGGGGUGGCAGGGCUGAUGGGGGCUCUGGGUGCAGGUAGUGCACUGGGCAUGGGAGGAAUUGUCGGGGCGUUGAACGGGGUGAUCCAGACGCCGGCGGGCACCGUCAGCCCUCACACACACACUACAGGAGCAGUUACCGGCGUCAUGUUGCCCAAUAACAGCGCUGCGCGGCUCGGCCUGCUGUCUGAGCAGCACAGACUCCUCCUGCAGCAGCAUCAGCUCCAGCAGCUGCUGGCCUCGCAGCCUUCAGCAGAGCAGCAGCAGGUGUUGCUCUACCAACUGAUGCAGCAGCAGCAGGACCUCCAGCAGCUGCAGUCGCUCUCCUCUGCCCAGAUUCCCUCCAUCCCGCUCUCCUCCGCUCAGCUGCCCAUCAACAACCUGCUGCCUGGCGCCCAGGGCCAAGGCACCAUCACGGCCAACCCCUUCCUGGCGCUGCAGCACGCACAUGCUGACACACACGCCUCGGGGGCGCAGAAGUCGCGGCUAGCUGAGAAGGCCAUGGGCGUCGCAGGGCAAGAGAAGACAUGACGGCAGAUGCUCUCUUUUUUUUUGUUGUUUUUUUAAUAUAUAAAUAUGCAGAGUCUUCAGGAGAUCAGUCUGUUGGUCAACUUUGUGGUUCAGUGAUGAGAACAUUGGCAGCAGAGAAAUCUGUGUUCCUGGUACAUCAUUCUUUCUAGCGGUCUGUGCUAAUACAUUAGCACACACUAUGGCAAGUGAUAGCAUUCGUUUGCAGUCACCAGCUCACUGUAGUUGACCUUGUCAGGUUUAUUUUGCAACCUUUUCAGGUUACAAGCUUUGUCUUCAUUUGUACUAUUUAUGUCCAUCCAAUCUUUAGUGCUGCUUUGGGUGCUUAUUUUUGUCACUGUUGAGACGAUGAUUUUCAUUUGGUAUCACUGGUAGCAACUUAGUGUGUUAGUGUCACGAAAUAAAUACAUGGUCUGUUCUCUCAACAGGUGAGUUGACUUAACAGGUCAGCUUCUCGGAAACCUUUUCCUUCAAUGAGUUUCUCUCAAUAUUUCCUUUUCUAAUCUUAUCAUCCUGCUUCUUCACAUUUCUUCUUUCUCUUGUUGCUGUGUCACGUUUUUUCAUAAUUUCCUCUUUUUGUCUCCACAUUUCUCUCACUGCUUCUCCAUCGUCCACACUAACAUCCCUCUCGUCCUGGUCUCUCUGCUGUCUCACUCUCUCAGGGACCUCAGCUAACUCAGCACACAA